GCAAUCUCACCUAUAACCUAAAUAGGCUAUACCUCCAAGUAGUUCUUUCCUUCCUGCAAAACUAUCCAGGAACCCUGAUACAACAGCCAUGGUUUCUGAGACAAACCUAUCCAAGAAUGUCUGUGUUAUUGGAGCAGGGCCAUCUGGGCUAGUGGCAGCGAGGGAGUUGAGAAAAGAAGGUCAUAAGGUGGUUGUGUUAGAGCAGAAUCAUGAUGUUGGGGGUCAAUGGCUAUAUGAUCCCGAUGUUGAAGGGGAGGACCCUUUAGGAAGGGACCUUUUCCUAAAGGUUCAUAGCAGCAUUUAUGAGUCUUUGAGGCUCACAUCUCCAAGAGAGAUCAUGGGAUUCACUGAUUUCCCAUUUUCUGUCAGGAAAGGUGGAGACAUGAGGAGGUUUCCUAGUCACACAGAGCUCCUUCUGUACCUCAAGGAUUUUUGUGAUUCGUUUAGGCUCAGAGAGAUGAUCAGGUUCAAUACAAGGGUGGAGUAUGUGGGGAUGUUGGAUUAUGGUGUCUGUCAUGAUGAUUUGAAAUGGGCUGUUAGAAGCAAAGAGAAGAAGACUGGUAAAGAGGUGGAAGAGGUGUUCGAUGCAGUGGUUGUCGCCACUGGCCACUACUCUCAACCAAGGUUGCCCUCCAUUCAAGGAAUGGAGUCAUGGAAAAGGAAACAAAUGCACAGUCACAUUUACAGAUCACCAGAGCCAUUCAGAAAUGAGACUGUGGUAGUGGUUGGAAAUUCAUUAAGCGGACAAGAUAUCUCAAUAGAGCUUGUGGAGGUAGCAAAGGAAGUGCAUCUAAGCUCCAGAUCCCUCAAUAUCUCCGAGGGUCUAUCUAAAAUCAUAUGCAAACACAAGAAUUUGCACCUUCAUCCACAAAUAGACAGCCUUCAAGAAGACGGACGAGUUCUUUUCGUGGACGGUUCCAGCAUUAUUGCCGACAGUGUUUUGUACUGCACCGGGUACUCCUAUGCGUUCCCUUUUCUUAACACCAAAGGAAUGGUAGUUGUGGAUGAUGACAGGGUGGGUCCUCUGUAUGAGCACACUUUCCCCCCCUCCCUUGCUCCAUCUCUAUGUUUCAUAGGCAUACCUAGAAAGAUCAUAGGGUUCCCUUUCUUUGAGUCCCAAGCAAAAUGGAUAGCUCAACUGCUGUCUGGGAAAAGGGUAUUGCCAUCAAGAGAGGAAAUGAUGGAAUCAAUCAAGGACUUCUAUCAUUCAAGAGAUAUAGCUGGCAUUCCCAAGCACAACACCCAUGACAUAGCAAAUUUUGAGUACUGUGACAAAUAUGGAGAAUAUGUAGGAUUCCCACGUUUAGAAGAAUGGAGAAAAGAGCUAUGCCUGUCGGCCUUAAGAAACGCCGAUGUCAACUUGGAGACCUAUAGGGAUUCGUGGGAUGAUGACGAGCUGCUUCAGAAGGCACUUCAAAGCCCCCAUUUCACUCAACUUCGAGUUGAAGAUUCUCCCCUGUAAAGCAGAUUUUGAUUUUGGGCCACUCGAAAGUGGCAGAAACGCAGAAGACGGGGGAACAAAGCACAUGGUUAGGACUGGGCAAAAUCAAGAGCAUCGAUUUCACAAAGAAGAUAUAUUUCUGUAUUGAAUUUUUUCGUCAUAGUAAAAUUUUUGUGUUCAAAUGGGUGUAAUCGAUUAUAGGUUAUGUACACACUACAAAACAAUAGAGUUCUCAGCCAGUCGAGUCCGAUUGCUGUAAACAAA